CCCUCCCAGUGGGCAGGUCGGGUGUGGCCGACCCCGCCCAGGAGGCCCCUCCUGCCUCCAGUCUGGAGAGAUCCCAACAGGAUCCCGGGGGCCAGAGGGAGAAGGUGCCGGGCCCUGAAGUGGUGAAACCCUGGCCUCCACCCCACAGCUGCCAUCUCCCCUCCCCUGGCACGGGGUGGCAGCCCUGGGCGCUUUGCAUAAUCCUGUGGUUCACUAUCUUCGGGCCUCAGCGGGCAGGCGGCUCCGGCCAACAUGGCGACGCCCCUCUCCCACUCGCUGAGGCGCCUGCCCGCCUUGCGCCAGGCCAUCAAGAUAAGGCGCCGCAGAGCCAGUGAAGAGCCCCAGCACCCAGCAGGAGCGCGCGAGAUCAAGCCUCCAUCCCACCACCUGUCCCCCGAGGAGCGGGCCCUGCUCUAUGAGGAAGCUGUCUACACCGUCCUGCACCGCCUGGGUCAGCCUGAGCCCAACCACGUGACGGAGGCCUCCGAGCUGCUGCAAUAUCUGCAGGAGGCCUUCCACAUGGAGUCUGGGGAGCACCAGCAGCUGCUGCAGCGGGUCCAGGCGCUCCAGAAGCCAGUAUUCUGUCUGAAGGCCACGGUGAAACAGGCCAAGGGCAUUCUGGGCAAGGAUGUCAGUGGGUUCAGUGACCCCUACUGCCUGCUGGGCAUUGAGCAGGGCACGGGCGUGCUCGCGGGCAGCCCGGGGUCCCGGCGCCGGCAGAAGGCCGUGGUCAAGCACACCAUCCCCGAGGAGCAGACCCACCGCACCCAGGUCAUCACCCAGACGCUCAACCCCGUCUGGGAGGAGACCUUCAUCCUGGAGUUCGAGGACAUAAGCAGCUCAAGCUUUCAUCUGGACAUGUGGGACCUGGACAACGUGGAGUCUGUCAGGCAGAAGCUCGGGGAGCUCACAGACUUGCACGGGCUCCGCAGGAUCUUUAAGGAGGCCCGGAAGGACAAGGGCCAGGAUGACUUUCUGGGGAACGUGGUGCUGAGGCUGCAGGACCUGCACUGCCGGGAGGACCAGUGGUACCCUCUGGAGCCCCGCACCGAGACCUACCCAGACCGCGGCCAGUGCCACCUCCAGUUCCAGCUCAUCCAUAAGCGGAGAGCCACCGAGGCCAGUCGCUCCCAGCCCUGCUACUCCGUGCACCUCCACCUGCUGCAGCAGCUCGUGUCCCACGAGGUCGCCCAGCACCAGGCGGGCAGCACCUCCUGGGAUGGGUCGCUGAGUCCCCAGGCCACCACCGUCCUCUUCCUCCACGCCACGCAGAAGGACCUGUCUGACUUCCACCAGUCCCUGGCGCAGUGGCUGGCCUACAGCCGUCUCUACCAGAGCCUGGAGAUCCCCAGCAGCUGCCUCCUGCACCCCAUCACUAGCAUCGAGUACCAGUGGAUCCAGGGCCGCCUCCGGGAGGAGCAGCUGGAGGAGCUGGCCGCCUCGUUCAGCUCGCUGCUGGCCUACGGCCUGACCCUGGUCCGGAACUUCCGGGCUGUCUUCCCGCUGUCCGUCACCGACUCCCCGGUGCGGCUGCAAUCCCUCUUCAGGGUGCUGGUGCAGAUGUGCAAAAUGAAGGCCUUUGGAGAGCUGUGCCCCGACAGCCCGCCGCUGCUCCACCUGGUCACUAAGGCCCUGCGGGCUGGCACCGUCGACUGGUUCCACCUGAAGCAGCAGCACCACCAGCCCAUGGUGCAGGGCCCGCUGGAGGUGGGCGCGGCCUUGCUGAGCCUGCUGCAGGACGUCAUCGGCGACCUGCACCAGUGCCAGCGCACGUGGAACAAAGUCUUCCAGAAGGUCCUCAAGAUCGAUGUCUUCGCCACGGCUUUCUCAGAGCUGCAGUGGCUGGUGGCCAAGCGGGUCCAGGACCACAUGGCGACGGUGCACAGCCCCGUGUCCCCCGAGAUGGGCGAGAACGUCUUCCAGCUCUACGUCAGCCUCAAGGAGUUCUGCCAGCUGGGCCAGGGCUCCGUGCAGGGGGACCGAGGCCUGGCCCUGGAUAGUUUCCACCGCUGGUUCCAGUUAGCCAUCCCCUCCUGGCUGCAGAAGACGUACAGCGUGGCCCUGGAGCGGGUGCAGCGGGCGGUGCAGAUGGACGAGCUCGUGCCCCUGGGUGAGCUGACCAAGCACAGCACUUCAGCAGUGGAUCUGUCCACCUGCUUCGCCCAGAUCAGCCACACGGCCCGGCAGCUGGACUGGCCCGACCCCGAGGUGGCCUUCAUGAUCACUGUAAAGUUCGUGGAGGACACCUGCCGGCUGGCCCUGGUGUACUGCAGCCUCAUCAAGGCCCGGGCCCGUGCGCUCUCUGCGGGCCAGAAGGACCAGGGCCAGGCAGCCAACAUGCUGUGCGUGGUGGUGAACAACAUGGAGCAGCUGCGGCUGGUCAUCGGCAAGCUGCCCGCCCAGCUGACCUGGGACGUCCUGGAGCAGCGCGUGGGGGCCGUGCUGGAGCAGGGGCAGCUGCACAACACGCUGCACGCCCAGCUGCAGGGCGCNNNNCGCGGCCUCUCCUGGCCCCGCCGCUGCCCUAGCCGACCCUCCCCUUCCUGUCCCCAGCUGGAGGUGGGCAUUGCCACGCACAUCCGGAAACUCGUGGACGUCAAGGAGUCCGUCCUGCCCGAGGACGCCAUCCUGCCGCUGAUGAAGUUCCUGGAGGUGGAGCUCCGCUACUUGAACACCAACCUGGUGCAGGAGAACUUCAGCAGCCUCCUGGCCCUGCUCUGGACCCACACGCUGGCGCUGCUGGUGGAGGCGGCGGCCUCCCGGCGGACCUGCCCCCUGGCCUCCCGCAGGCUGAGGGCGGCGCUGCAGAACCUGGAGAUCUGCUUCCACGCAGAGGGCUGUGGGCUGCCGCCGGAGGCCCUGCACACGGCCCCCUUCCAGGCUCUGCUCCAGGACCUGGAGCUGCAGGCCGCCUCCAGCCGGGAGCUCAUCCGGAAGUACUUCUGCAGCCGCCUCCGGCAGCAGGCGGAGACCACGGAGGAGCCGCUGGGGGCCGUGACCGUCAAGGCCUCCUACCGCGCCUCGGAGCAGAAGCUGCGUGUGGAGCUGCUCAGCGCCUCCAGCCUGCUGCCCCUGGACUCCAACGGCUCCAGUGACCCCUUUGUCCAGCUGACUUUGGAGCCCAGGCACGAGUUCCCUGAGCUGGCCCCCCGGGAAACGCAGAAACACAAGAAGGACCUUCACCCUCUUUUUGACGAGACCUUCGAAUUCCUGGUGCCCGCCGAGCCGUGCAGGAAGGACGGGGCGUGCCUCCUGCUCACCGUGCUGGACCACGACACGCUGGGGGCCGACGACCUGGAGGGGGAGGCCUUCCUGCCGCUGCGCUCCGUGCCCGGCCUGACCGGGGCCGAGGAGCCCGGCGAGGUGCCUCAGACCCGCCUGCCCCUCACCUACCCCGCAGCCCACGGGGACCCAAUUCUGCAGCUGCUGGAGAGCCGGAAGGGGGACCGAGAGGCCCAGCUGUUUGUGAAGCUGCGGCGGCAGCGGGCCAAGCAGGCCUCCCAGCACGGCCCUCCGCUGGGGCAGUAGCAGCGGAGGCUGGGCCGGGGGGCUCCUACCGGGGUGUCCAGGGAGUUCGCCAAGCGCCAAUUAGAGCGGGUCUUCCCGUGAGCAGGACCCGCGGGGCAGGAGUGGGGUGCCGCUGGCAGUAUUUAUACUCUCUGCCCUUCGACCCUCACUGUGGCACUGGCCGCGGCCUCCGCUCAGUCCCAGCACGGGGGGGGCGGCAGCCAUCUGGCAUGGCACCUCCUGUCCUGCUCCCCUCUUGGGAACAGCUGCCCUGAAGAGCAGGGCUCAGCUGACCCCGGCCCCUGCAGGAGCCCGGUGCCCUGGGCCCAGGCUCACAGGGACAGAGGCUGCAGGCACACGGGCUCCCAGGCAGGGAGAGGAGACGGACUCCCAACAGGCCACAGCAGGCCCGGGGGUGGCCGUCGCGGUGAACGCUGCCCAGUCCGCUCCUGAGGGGACACCCAGGCUGAGGUGCCUCCGGCCACGGGCCUCCAGGUUCUGGGGGGUGGCGUGAGAGGUGGGGCGCAGAGGCCAGCCUGGCUAGCUGUGUCUGCUGUCACCUCCUCCCUGGGACAGAAGUCUGUCACCUAGAAACUUUCUUGGCAAAAAUAAAAUCAA